AUGAAUUAAUGGUUGGAAUAACAACACUAAUAAGCUCGCGGAGAGAAACAAUAGAUACCAUAGCUGGUGUAUUGGAUUGCGAAAUUGUGGAAGAAAAUACACGUCCUUUAAGACGCCAGAGUAGUAAUAAAAGGUCUAAGAGGGCAAGAGUUGUUUUAGAUGACGAGGAAAGUGACGAUUGGACACUAGAAAAGAGUGGUGAAGAGAAUGGUAAUGGUGAGUACGAGUAUCAAGAGAAGAAUGGAAUUGGAGUCGUUAAAGAAAUGAAAGAAAAUGAAGAGGAUGAAGAAAUGCAAGACGUUGAAUAUGAUGAUUCCGACUCCGGCUUUCAACCUUCCGAUAGUCAAGCCCCUGCUUCAUCAUCGACACUUGUAAAGGAAAUACGUUCAGUGUCUUCAUCAAUAGUAAAGAAUAAAUGGAGGCCGCUUGACCCUGCGUCGAAACGAUUUGUCAACAAGCUGUUACGAAAUUCUGUACCAGCUGUUUUGGCCCAUGUAAACGGAACCUCAUGGAGGACGAAACUGCAGACUGAAUUGGACAAGUUGAUUAUGCGAAUAAGUAAAUCUCUGGAUACCGUAACUGUUCCAAAGGCUACAAGCGAAACUAGUAGUCUCGAUUACAAGAAGUUAUCUUCUCAUCAUGUAUAUUUUUGUCUCAUUAUCGUGUUUACUGAAACGGACCAAAUAAAACAAAUGGAAAUGCAGUUGGAGAAGGAAAAGCAACUGUUGAAAGAAGAAUCGGAAUUCUUAAAGAGCUUGCAAAGUGCUAAGAAGUCGGUCGAUUCAAGAAAUCGGUCCUUGCAGAGAUCGAAGCUUCAUCCCCUAUUGAAGGAAGUGGAAGAUCCGGAUGAUCUUGUUGAUGUCGACAACGACUUAAUCAAACAAUAUCUUACUCAUGUGACUACAGACGUUCCAUUAACUUCACCAUCGUCGCCCGAUCCGUUAUCGAAUCUUAAACUCUCUCUCUCUUCUCAUCUACGUUCAGUGGAUGCUCACACCUCCAUCAUCGAUCCAGUCAUUGAUGGAGUCUAUGAAGCUGAAAGGCAAAUAUGGCGCCUCAUGAAUGAAUCUGGCUUGGGUGAAAAAGUUUUUGAUGUUCUUAGAGAUCGUUAA